UCAGUUGUUUUUUAGUCUCCAAUGAAGAUACUGUACAUUAUUACCAAACGACUUGCUAAUCAUCUCUGCUAUGACUGGCUACUUUACACUGAUUGCUUGCUGUUGUUGACAGAUAGGUUUGAUUUGAGCCCAAAAGGAGGACUUCAUUAUGAAGAAUCACUAAAGAUCAAUGCUUCACAAAUGAAACAAGAAAUGAAUUGACUUUACUGUUAAUCCACACAAAUGUAGCUACACUAAUAUUUGAACAGAAAAACAAUCAAAUCACUACUACAGUUUGUUGUUUAGCAUUGUUUUAAUGUAUUACCUACAACUAAAUAAACAUUAUCAUAUUGAAUUUGGGGAAACUACAGAAACAUAUUCUCACAUAUUACCCAUCCUGUUUUUUUCAGAUUAAGUGCAACUCACUGUCAUUUACUGAAAUAAACGGACAGGAGGGUAGUCUGAAUAAAAGAGACACAAAGCUAAAACAUAAAAAACAAUGCAACAAAACAAAAGGAUAAUGCUAAUCUCCUCACUUAAGGUGCCUCCAAUCUCCUGUGUUUUAUUACUCGAUUUACUCCAUUGGGGCUCAAUGAUCAAUCUCAAUUUGUGGCUCAUAUUAGCCCCUAGUGGUAACAUUCUGUACUGUCACCAGCCUCUCCAACUGAAGUUAUGUGCUGCACUCACCUAGCAUGAGAUUUGUUUUGUUUACGGUUGGUGUUGCCAGGAUAUGUUCACUGAAUACCACUCCUCUCCUUAGACCCAUUCUUGUCUGCAAUGAUUUAAACUGUCAGUCAUCUAAACAUGAGUGCCCAGGACUUAAUAACAUUCAAUAUUGGAGGUAAGAAAUUCACCACUACUCUGUCAACUCUCAGAAGACACCAAGACUCAAGAAUAGCUAGGAUCCUGGAUGGCAAAGACACAGAUUUUAAAGUUAUCAGUGGACAAGUUUUUGUAGAUAGAGAUUGGACUUUCUUUAAAUACAUCCUGGAUUAUAUGAGGACAGGUCAAAUCACCUUGCCAGCAGAAUUCUCUGACUACAAUGGCUUGGCUCAAGAAGCACAGUUCUACGGUUUGCAUCCAUUGGCACUUUGGGUUGAAAGGAACAUCCAUCGAUCCAGAGUUGAGGUUCUAGAGUUGCGCUUCUCUGUCCAGGAUACUCACGGAUUCUUCCAAAUAUUCUGCUCCAACAACAAAACUCUGGAGGCUUUGGCGACAAGGAUAUCCAUUUUCGUGGAACAUCCAAAUCUGAAUGGAAAUUUCCCACACCUGCCUCAGAACUCCAGCACACCUCAUCCUGUACCGGUCCAGAGACCCUCUCACCACGACAUGGUGUUCCAAUGUGGGACUGACCAACUAGCCAGGGACGACUUCUCUGCCAGGUUUGUAACUAUUGAGCCGGAUGACAGAAAGCUUCUCAACAGCACCAACGUCCUGGGCCUGCUGGUAGACACCCUUCUGAAGGAUGGGUUUCGCCUGAUCGACACAAGGACAGUUUCCCAAGAGGAGAAGAUUGAAUGCUACAUGUUUGAAAGGAGCAGGAAUACCCAGAUCGUUGUACUGAGUGAAACCCCCAGGGCAGAACAUCUCAGAAGAGAGGACACACAGAGCCAGCUUGGUGAAGAAAAGAAAAAGUGAACUCAGUGUCAGGGUGCAUCUCAAAAGUCUGAAGUGGUUCCCUUUCCAUGUCCAGUUCUGUAAUAUCAGUGGACUUCAGACUAUUGAGAUGGAUCCAUUCUCUGCGAGUCAGACUGGAUUGACCAGCAGAUGGCGACAAAGGAUAAUAAUGUUGAGGGCCAUAAUGUCAAUAUGCUUCACCUCACCAUUAGUCUCAAUUUAUACAGUAUAUUUUAUUUGACAACAAUUUCCUGUGUCCUAAAGUAUAUUUCCAAAAGUACAAUUCUCUAAAUUGAAAUAGAAUUGAGAAUAUAUUUGAUC